AGGCUUAACCAAACAGCAUGUUUUCUCAAAAGCAACAACAAGGCCGAACAGGACGGACGUGUUGCGGUUCGAGAGUUUGCUAGUGCAUACAAAUAUUAUUGCUAAAAAGAGAUGCUAAUUACAAAAUGAACCGGUGCAAAAAUGAAAUUAUACCAACAUGAGAAAUAAUAUCUACAAAUAUUUAAGUAUUUCAAAAAUAAAUGUGCAAGUGUAAAAUAAAUUGUAAAAUACAAAGUGUGGGCCCAACAAACGGUAGUUCUCUUAUACCAGUCGUGUAACGGGUUUUUGUAAUAAGCGGAUUAAGCAAAGAGUGAAAAGUAAAUUGAUCAAAACAAAGUGCAUAUGCAAGAGUAAAUUUGCAAAUAAAACGGUUGCAAUAUGUUCGAAUUAGAGGAUUAUUCAAGCAGUAUUCACGAGGGUUUCUUCAGUAAAUAUGCAGAUGCGACGGGGCCUUCGUUGGACUUCUAUGUGUCCGAUUCCAUGCAGGAUAUGUUGGAUGUGGACAUACGCGCGGAGAUCGCAAAUGUGGUCGGUAGCUCCAGUGACUUGACCUCCUCGCUCGAUCAUGCACUGGAAGCCAUUUCGGCCAUUAAUAAUAGCAACAACAGCAGCAGCAGUGCCGCAUUGUCAACACAUAACGCCAAUGCCAAUCUUUUGGCCAGCAGCGCGUUGCACGCUUCGCCCACAGCGAAGUGGAUGGGAUCUUGCGCUAAUUUCUGGUCGACAGCCGAUUACUAUGCGGAUGUUGGUGCCUGUGUCAACCCCAUUUCCGUGAUGCCGCUGAUCAAUUCGAAUUCAGGCUCGAAUUCAUUGCUGGGCUCGGGAUCCCCGCAAAAGUCGCGCGGUGCGACGUCAACGCAGAGCAGAUCGGGAUCAGGCGCUGGACAGGCGCCACCCGCUUCUCCCUGUGAUCAGCACAAAUCGCAUUUGACUUUCUCCCCGGCACAGAUGAAGGUCAGCGCCGGCUCGAUGCGCAGGGAGCAGGUAAUGGCCCAUAUACCCAAGCAGAUUUCAACAUUGCCCAUUUCAUCGGCAACGUCAGCCGUAAACAGCGGUGGUAGUGGUGCAGCACCGCCCACCAUGGCAACGAAUGCUGCAUUGCAGCGCCGUAACUCAUCGGCAGUAGAUGCUGUGCGCAAGGAUCUUGGAACAGAAUUGCGCAAGGUGCAAUCGUCCGGCAUGGAAGAGGCAAAGGGCACAACUAAAAGCACCAGUCUGCUGACGACUGGUGGUAUCACCACCAACACUAUUAAGCUGGGUCCCGGCAUUGGUGGCCUGACGUUUGCCAACAGCGCAACCUACAACAAGUUGAAGCAGCAAACGUCUGCGAAGUCUCCCAACGGGGCGCCAAUUACCUCCAAUGGCAACAUUGUGCUGAAGCGUGAUCGGGAAGCGAGUCCGCUGCACAAUAUAACUACGCUGCACGCGAAUGGCGUUCAAAAGCGUGGCAAUGCACCAAAGAGUAUCGCCUCGUCGGCCCAUUCGCCACAUCAUCAGGUGCAUGGGCAAAGCAGCAUUGGCUCGCCAUCCUCUACUUCCUCAACAGCUGGACGGCCCACGACUUCAUCCUCGCCAUUGUCAUUUGCACCAUUGAGCAACACCAGCUUUAACAACGGCAACAGUAAUAACAUCAACACCAAUGUCAACAGCAUCAGCAACAGCAAUAGCAGCCACAUCGUUAAGCCUCUACAGCAGAAGAUUAAGUUGCCGGCAGCCAUGAGCAGCGCAUUUCCAAAGCCGGCCUACUCAUAUUCCUGCCUCAUUGCGCUGGCACUGAAGAAUUCACGUGCCGGCUCCUUACCUGUGUCCGAAAUUUACAGCUUUCUGUGCCAGCAUUUUCCCUACUUCGAGAAUGCGCCCAGCGGAUGGAAGAACAGUGUGCGCCACAAUUUGUCGUUGAACAAGUGCUUCGAGAAAAUUGAGCGACCGGCAACGAAUGGAAAUCAACGAAAAGGUUGCCGCUGGGCUAUGAAUCCAGAACGGAUCUGCAAGAUGGAUGAGGAGGUGCAGAAGUGGUCGCGUAAAGAUCCAGGGGCUAUACGCGGUGCCAUGGUCUAUCCAGAGCAUUUGGAGGCCCUGGAGCGAGGCGAAAUGAAGCACGGAUCGGCUGACUCAGAUGUGGAGUUGGACUCGCAAUCUGAGAUUGAGGAGUCCUCUGAUUUGGAGGAGCACGACUUUGAUGACACCAUGAUUGAUGCGAUGCUCGUCGAAGAGGAAGACAAUGAUAACGUUGACUGGGCCAACAGCGAGGAUGAAGAGGAGCAUGUGCUUCAUGAGUAUGAGCCAAGCAAUCAAACUGCCAAUCACCUGCCAACUGACCAUCAGCUGAUCGUUUCACAGAAGAACGGUGAAUUCGAUAUUGUGGUUGACGAACUGUACGAUGAGAUCGAUAUCGAUAAUGAGAAGCAGACCGUGCGUCACGCAAUAGUCAAUGGGCAGACAGCAAACAUCAUUGAGCUCAACCCGGCCGAUCUAAAUGCAAAUGAUGGCUAUCGGUCGCCUAAACGUGCACGUCUGGAUAUCAACUACGCCAUCGGUCCUGCCGGUGAGCUUGAACAGCAGUAUGGCCAGAAAGUUAAAGUGCAACAGGUGCAUCAAGUUUUGCAGCAGCAGCAGCCGCCCACCUACAAUCGUCGGAAAAUGCCGCUGGUUAAUCGCAUUAUUUAAAUAAAUGGCCUAAGCAGUCAUUCCUAUAUUCAUACAUAAUGUGUAUAUAAAGAACAUGCACGCUAAGUGUUAGGUUUACAAUUAAGAAAUACCCAUCAACUACGCUUAAAACUUUAAUUUUAAGUUAAUUUUUGUAUGUGCACUGUGCAGUUUCGAUCUUUAUAUAGAUAUAUACAUAUAUAUAGAUAUAUAGGUCGAUGCUGAUUGAUCCCAAACGGGUUUGUUAUUCAAUUUGGCUGCGCUCUGUGUAGUCGCUUUUAGCAACUGUGUCGAAAUGAAUUAAUUCUAUGUACAUUGAAAGGGGCUUUCAAAUAAAUGUAUAUGUUGCAAGCAAUAAUUAAUAAGCUCUCCGACUUCACAUCAAAUAUGACACAUAAUUAGAAAGUUUUGUUAAGAUGAAUUUGACGCUUGAGCGAAAACUCAAGAAACGAUUGUAAUAGUUUGAUAGUAUUUGUAAUUGUAUCAAUUCCCAUAAUCCAACAAUGACGAAACAUCAACUAUGUGAAUUGUUUUCCAAAAUCUUGACUAUAACGAGCGUCUU